AUGAGUUCAGCAAGUCGAAUAGUGCAGCUCUCAGCCGAUCGAGUAUCACAUUCUCCCUCAACAUGUGGAACAUCUUCAUUUGCACAAGAACAAGCAAUUGCCGACCAUCUGUUUGACAUUCUGAAUUCGAUUUUGACCAGUGAUUCGUACACACAUGAUUAUGACACAACGCUAGAUCAUAGUAUACCCGAUUCCGAACUUAAGGGCUGUGAAGAAGACACGGAUAUUUCAACAACAGAUCCUGACUUCGAAGAAAAAGAUACUGAAGCUCCCAUAUUUGAGAAUUUCUCUCUUAAUUACAUGAAACGUGCUGUCGAAUAUUAUGAUAUUAGAGAUCCAAUAACGGGCAAACGUAAACACUCCUGGAGCAAUGUCAAACAUCAAUUUCAACGAAUCCCGUAUCAAUAUUACUUGGCCAGAUUUCGAGAAUAUGUUGAACAGAGUGGCUCGAAGAAACAGAAGACCGAAUCUCUCGAAGACUUUGUCUACGACAAGUUCGAAAAUGCUCGUGAUCUUCUUCGUCCGGUGUAUGAUAUAGAUUCGAAACGAUGGGCCCAUCAAUGUGCGCGCGAAAUGCCAAUCAAUGAUUUCACAGCAUCAGAUCAUUCGAUUAGCAAUUUUAAACACAAACACGACAUUUGCUCUCGAAAAAUUACCAAGGUUGUUACAAAGCGGGAGAGCACAACCAGUGAAGAAAUCGAGAAAUCGGUCGAUGAUUUUGUCCGCGAAGUUCGCGCUCUUCUGCCCAAAUACCAUAAUGUUGACGUUCUCAAUACAGAUCAGAUGGGAAUGGAGCUCGAAGUUCAUUCAACUCGAACGUUGAGCUAUCAAGGCGAAAAGACAACAGCAUCUUCCGUUUUCGAAUAUUGGCGAGAUCAUGUGCUUGUACCUGCUAUCUCUUCAUUACGCAAAGUGCUUCUCCUCUCGGACAGCGGGUCAGGCCAAGGAGAUAGAAAGGGAAUUUAUGAAAAGAUGAAAGGCGUCAAGCGAAUGGAAAUUCCUCCUAAAACAACACCGAAAAUUCAACCACUCGAUGUUUUCUUUAAUCGACAGUAUAAGGUUAUUGCGCAUCGUGUUUACGAUCGGGUCAUUCUCGACAGCAUCGAUAUUCAUCUGGCUGAUCGUAAUAACCUUAUUCGCCUUCA